CAAUGUACCUAAUCAAAAAUAUUUCGUCAAGGUUCACCGAAGUUGCAAAGACGCGAAAACCAGUUGCGGUACUGCCGCGGUAUCGUCAUCUACAAUUUGUAUCAAAGUGUAGUACUUAGUACAUGUGCGAGUGUGUUCUGCGACACACGUAUAUUUCGUGAUCAGUCAGUAUAUCAUUAUAAAUAGCAGAAUAAGUACUUUGGCUAACUAGUUCUUAUAAUGCAGUUCUAUAUUUAAAAAUAAAGGAGACGAGCUGUUGGCCUUCGCGCUAAUAGAAAUAAAAUAUGGAAAUAGCGCAUGAUGUCAAUGUGAAGUUACUGUUUUUCGCACAAUCUAAAGAGUUGGCGGGUACCAAGGAGUCUACAAUACGUCUUCCCAACAAGAUUAGCUACAGUAGACUACUGAAUAUUAUAGUGGACAGUUAUAACUUACAAGCUAUUAAAAACAAUAUUCUAUUGGCGAAGAACGAAGAAGUUUGUGACGAAGAUAUUGAUAUUGAAAUCAGGGAACGAGACAGCAUUGCGGUCAUACCUCCGAUCAGUGGCGGUUAAUAAAAUAAGUUUCUAGAAACUUCAGGAUAUUUCCAUCUCCCAAGUGCUUGAUAGACUGAUACAAAUUAGCACAAUUGUGCAAUAUUUUUAUAUUAAAUUAGAACUGUUAGUGCAUAAAAAUGGAUCAUUUAAAAUUAACUCCGGAUAAACUGUCCGUGGAUGAAAUCACAGACCUGGUUACGGAUGACAGAUGCGGAGCAGUGUCUGUGUUUAUUGGAACUACUAGGGAUAACUUUGAAGGGAAAAAGGUACUAAGGCUAGAGUACGAAGCGUACGAGCCCAUGGCGUUGAAGGCUAUGAAGUCCAUCUGCGAUGAAGCGAGGGACAAGUGGCCCGCCCUUCAUAACAUAGCUAUAUACCACAGACUAGGCAUGGUACCUUGCAGAGAAGCGUCCGUAGUGAUAGCAGUGAGCAGCCCCCACCGGAGAGACUCUCUGGACGCGGUCUCCCACUGCAUCGAGACUCUGAAGGCCAGUGUACCCAUCUGGAAGAAGGAGGUCUAUGAUGGUGACGAACCAGUUUGGAAGGAGAAUGUCGAAUGCACAAUAGACUCAACACCGAUCCCAACGCCAGCGCCCAACCCGGCCCCACCAGUGGACAAAAGUCUAGUUCAAAUCAACGUGUCGUGCGAGGAGUUACAGCAGCGCAUCCAGAACUUUAUAGAACGGAAGAGGGAACAAGUGAAUAUCAGCAAUAUUCACGACUUUAUACCGAAUAACGAGGCUGAUAAUGAAGAGACAGAGACCUGCGCUAGAGUGCGCACGCAGUUCGUCAGGAGAGGGGAUUCUAAGGGACAUUUAAAAGUACACAAGGUCCACAAUGAAUGGGGUCCUCAAACGGUGGCUGCAGCAGACUUGUACCCUGAACAGCAGAACCAGUCCAGUGGCCUACCUUCGUCCAUUGCUGAGCGAGUGGUGGCCAUCGAGAACUACCUGAACAUAGGACCCGUCUCCAAAGACAUCUACAGGCGAUUGAAGGAUAUGGAGGAUAAGAUCGCUUAUUUGCAGUCUGUGUCGCCGGAGUAUGCUCAGUUUUGGAAGGCUGCAAGGGACAGAGACGUGAAGCAGGAAGGGGCGAUGGACUACGCAUUCUCUGCUGAUGACAUCGCCAGGAAGAUAGAACAGCUCGAGAAGGGCAUGAUGUAAUUCUGUCCGAACUCCGUCAAUUUACUCAGAAGACACAUAUAGCCUGCCUUUAUCCUGAAUUAAAUUUUUAGGGUCGGCAAACACCAAACAAGUUAUGUGUCCUUCUAUUCAUCCCAUCACAAACGUCUUUUAUUUCUAGUUGCAUUCUGUCUGUUCUAGUAUUGAACAGGCCAAUAUUCCGAUCCCCUAUAAGGAUAAGGGAAACCUCACAUAAGGAUGUAAUUACAAUUAAAACCCUGUGUUAAUUUUGUAUUUAUAAGGUUUAAUUUUAAGGAACAAACAGAUUUUAUAUGAUUUAAGAAAUAAAAAAUUAUGUUACAUUA